CCACUUGGUGGUCGAAUAUCAGCCGUUUGCGCAUCGCUCGCACACACACACACGUCGUCGCCGCCACCGCCACCGCCGCCACCGUCACCGUCACAGUUCCGAUUCCUUACGCAUCAUCAGCAUCCCAAAUUAGCAACCAUGUUCCGAGUGUUGAUCAUCGCUGCCCUGGCUGCGGUCGCCGUUGCCCAGAAUCCGGACGCCGAGGCACAGGUCCUGAGCUCCGACAAUGUCGUCAAUCCGGACGGCUCGUACUCGUGGACGUUCGAGACGAGCAACGGAAUCCGGGCGCAGGAGGAAGGUGUCGGGGGCCAGUCGGCGCAGGGUAGCGCCUCGUGGACGGACCGCGACGGUACGCCGAUCUCGCUGACGUACGUGGCCGACGAGGGCGGCUUCCGGCCAUCGGGUGCCCACCUGCCGCGCGAGGGCCCCGUCCCGGAUCACGUCCUGAAGACGCUCGAGUUCAUCCGCGCCAACCCGCCGAAGGACGACCCGAACUUCAACCUUCAGGCUCUGGAGGCCGAAAUCGCCAGACUGCAGGCUCUGCAGUAAUCUGUGGGCCUUGCGACGGGCGCGCUACCUUUCGCAAGUCAUUAUAGUGAGAGAGGGGGGAAAGAGAGAGAGAGGGCGACGGAGCGAUAGAACGAGAUUUGUUGAGGCGUUUCGCUGUGACCUGUGCCCAUACUCAUUACAUCAGAUGCAUUCGCUACGCGACACAAGCUACGCAACGAAAUACACAAACAGGGAGAGCGAGAGAGACAGGGAGAGAACGGAGAGACGGUAGAGAGAAAGGGAUGGGGCGAAACAGCGGGGAAAAGGAAAAGUCCAACCUGAGGCAGGAAAACGGAGCCGACGCCGAUCAGCGAAGAGAGGGCAAAGAAAACGAGUAUCUUUUACGGUUCUUUUCUUUUCUUGUUUUGUUUUUAGUUUCCUAUCGCUACCACCUACUGCAAAGCUGUAAUACUUUUGUACAUACUUUGGUUUAGUUCAUUUACAAACAACUUUACAAAACCGA